GGCGCGGCGGCCGCCCCUGCGGGAGCGGCAGCGCGGGGCGGCGCGGGCGCCCCGCGAUGUUUAACCGGGCCGUGAGCCGGCUCAGCAGGAAGCGCCCGCCUUCAGAGAUAAAUGACAGCGAGAGUCACCCAAGCAGCAGCCACCAGGCCUUGAAAGGAACCUCAAAAUGGGCUACAUCACUGGAGAAUCUCCUUGAAGAUCCAGAAGGAGUUAAACGAUUUAGGGAAUUUUUAAAGAAAGAAUUUAGUGAAGAAAAUGUUUUGUUCUGGCUAGCAUGUGAAGAAUUUAAGACAACACAGGGGAAAAAACAGAUGCAAGAAAAAGCUGAAGAAAUUUACAUGACUUUCCUGUCCAGUAAAGCUUCCUCUCAAGUCAAUGUUGAGGGGCAGUCCCGUUUGAAUGAGACCAUUUUGGAGACGCCGCACCCUCUGAUGUUUCAAAAACUCCAGGACCAGAUAUUCAAUCUCAUGAAAUAUGACAGCUACAGCCGCUUCUUAAAGUCAGACAUAUUCCUAAACCAUAAAAAGUCUGAGGACCAGGAAGAGAAUUCACCAGAGGCUCAGACUGCAGCUAAAAGAGCAUCAAGAAUUUAUAAUACAUGAUACAAAGAACCUCUUUAGGAAAGUCAGUACUUUUUCUCAUGGAAGAUAGGAAGUCUGCAGAUGGGAAGACAGAAUGGGUUUCACUUCUGAGUCAGCUGUUGUCCCAAACAAAUUCCAGUAAGUCACCUGAACAGCACUGGAUAGUUUUUUUUUUUUUUUUUUAUCACCUUCAUCUCCCAUUUUUUUUGUUUUCAUUACAUUUCUUCCAUUAUACUUGUUUUAAGUUGCUAAUGCAUUAAUUGUGGGAAAAAAGGGAGUUUGAAAGAUCAUAUAUGGAGAGAGAAAGUGGUUUUAAUACUGAAGUCUUCUGGUAUGGAUAACAGUUCAGAACCUGCUUAUUUUUACCAAAGAUUCAGAUUUUAGUGAACUUUAAGUGGGUAUUAUUUGCUUCUUCAUUAAGAACUACUUAGGUAUAGGCUGGAGAAGGGGAUUGUGGUUCAUACCUGAAUAGAUUCCCCUCUUUAUAAAUUGUUUUUUUAUAAUUUUUUUCAUCCUAAAACAGACUAAGCCUGGCAAAGUCGACUACUUUUGCCAGCUGUCUGUCCCGAGUCACUAGAAUGAUUGUUUACUUGGUAAUCUACACUACCCUGUCCCUUUUGUUUUAAAUACAACACAGCUAAUGUCCAAAGGCUCCAAAUGCUCUUUUGGCACAGCUAAAGUUAAAAGCAAACUGUGGAACUUCCUUUAUCCAAAGAAUCUAGUAACUUUACUGCCUUGCCAUUAUGAGCACUUAGCAGCCACUCACGAAUUCUGAUCACUGCAUUUUAGGAGUUUAGGAGUAAUUAAGUGAGAAAAGGUUUUCAUCAAUACUCAUAUCUUGGCUGACUUGAGUGGCGAGUCCACUUCAAUUAGGAGUUAGAGAGCCCAGUACUAGGUGUUUGGGGUGGUGGGAUAAGAAAUAGGGAAAGGCAUCUUGCAGAAUUUGGCUGCUCUCCUGAGAAACGAAUUAAUUGCCAAACUUAACAGCACCCACUACUGGUUCUUGGCGGAACAUCUAGGGAGACUGAUACUGAAGUAAGGCCACAAAUAAAGGAAAGUUAGAGCUGUUUAUUUCCUCAGGCUUGAAGCACUUGAUGUACUUUCUUUAGACAACGAAUGCAGUUAAGUUAAGCGACUAUGCUAAAAUAAUGAAAUGGUUCUGCUGUUUAAUAAAGAUAGUUGGUUUUGCUUUGUAUAAUCAAAACAUUCAAAAAUCAAGGGGGUCAUUUUGUACAUGAAAACUGAUUAAAAUUACUUUGAAAGCUGGCAUUAGAGUAGAUCUUGUUGAACUCUAGAGCAUACUGGAGAUGAGAAAAUCAACAAAACAACCUCAGAAAAUGGCCAACGUUUGUUCCUCCUUCCACCAUUGUUCUUCUCUUGAGCUGUGUGCGUUCCAGUCUGUGAUAGACAAGACAUUUCCUGAAGGAAACAGUGACUAGCAUGCUGAGUUUCGUAGCCCAAGCACAAGGAAUGGAUGCAGUUAAGAGCUUGUUUCAACCAUGCUUUUUCUAUUGCUUUAGCUUUUCCAGAAAUAAAAUAUUUAAAAGUCAAAA